UCGAAGCAAUCUACAUGGCACAACUGUUUUAGAGCCUAACAACACACACCGGUCAAAUGCUGCUCUUUUGUGAACACACGGGACAUUACGGCACACCAGACUUAGCGCCCACCAGGGGAUGGAGCAAAGUGUAUGGUCCCAUCGGCUUGUACCUCAAUGAAGGCCAAAGUCUUUCGGAAAUGUAUACCGACGCUCAGGUACAACUCAAGCGUGAGGAGCAGAAGUGGCCAUACAAGUUUGUCACUGCACCAGAGUACAAUGCAAAAGGUAGGCGCAGUGUGUCGGGGGUACUCCAUGUGGAUGGGUCGCCGAAUGAAGACUGGGUCUACCUUAUUCUGACGGAGCCUCAUGUUGAUGAUCCCCAGUUAGAGACGGCCACUUACAUGUAUACUGCAAUGGCUGGAAAAAAUGGUGGAUUUGAAAUCCCAGCUGUGAGACCAGGCGCAUACAAACUGCAAGUAAUAGCAAGGGGUGUGGUUGGAAAGUACGUUCAAAAAAAUAUUAAUGUGCAAAGCAAUAGGGACCACGAUCUUGGCACUAUCAAUUGGAGGCCGGAAAGCCAUGGCAAGCUACUGUGGCAGAUCGGUGUACCGGAUAGAAGUUCGGCAGAGUUUAAAUCGCCACGUGGCUUUCCAUCACCUAUCCCUAAUUUAGAAGAAUACCGCAAGUUUGGAACAUGGCUCAGAUACUCCAUAGAAUUUCCUAAUGAUCCAGACUACACAGUUGGCGUUAGUGACCCUGCCAAAGACUGGUGCUAUUUUAUGCCGAUGAUUAAGACACCUGGCUUCCCCGCUCAACUCGGACUGGUCAAUGUCACCCAAAAUGCGCUUCCUACCAACUGGAAGGUCAGAUUCAACUAUACCGGAUCAACCCAAGGCAACGCCACAUUAACACUAGGUUUUGCUGCUAGCGUCAGAGGUGGUAUUCGUGCGGUGGUCAACGGUCAGGAGAUUUUUAAGUUGGACUCUUUUGACGGGCCACAAGUUGAUUCUGCGCUGUUUCGUCACUCUUGUCAUGGCAUAUUCCGUCAGCAAACUGUAACAUUUAGUCAGUCACUACUGAAGGACNNNNUAUGUGGCAGUAUUCAUAUGUUUCGUUACAAAGGCAAUUCAUUUGGAACUUGUCAGCGAUUUAACAACUGA